UUUUACGCUACGCAGUCCUCCACAAUCCUUUUAGAAGAACAGGUGUAUAAAAGUUAUCAUUGAAAUAUUUUGUAUAUAUCAAUUUUUUCGGGGGAGAGAAAUUUAACAAAUGAAAAAAUGAAAUUCUCAUUAGAAAAUUUGCAAAAAAAUGUUCAAAGUGAAUUUAAUAAAAUACGUGAAGCAAUAAAUGUACGUGAACAACUUUUAUUGAGACAACUCGAUGUUAUUUGUAAUUCAAAUCAAUCCUAUCUCAAUAAAAAUAAUAUUGCCACCACAAACUCAAUUUGCCCCACUCAUGACCUAAAUAAAUCUAAUGGAAAUUAUAACAAUGGAAACAAUGAUAUUGAUGAAAUAAAAUUUAUUUCCGAUACUGAAGCUAUUUUAAGUUUAAUAAGAAAUUUUGGAAAGUUCAACCUUGAAAAUGUUAAUGUUAACUUUACAAACUUACUUUAUAUUAACGAAGAUGAACCUGAACACGAUACCCCCACGAUGGUUAAAUGUUUAGAAAAUGUAACAAAAAUGACAAAUAUUACUAUUACAACACCAAGUACUACAAAUAGAACGAUUAAUGGUGUUGGUGUUGAUGUUGAUUAUCAUGACGAAAAUAUUGAAGUUACCAAAUAUUUAAAUGAUAAUAACGAAAACGAAGAAAAGGUUGUUAUAGAUUUUUCUAAUAAUAGAAAAUUUAUAACAGAAAAUGUAUCAAAUUUGAAUGAAUCUGUUAUAAAUAUUACAUUGAACGAGGCGAAGGAAUUAAUUGAAAAAUCAUCAAAUGCUCUUCAACCAAUGGAAUUGGCAAAAAACAAAGAAAGUACAACUACUUCAAGCGAGCGAACAAAAUCAAUAACACCAGUCAGUGGAAAUCGUUCUAUAAUCCCAUCGACAACUUCUAUUAGUAAUGUAACUAAAACGACUAUAGAAUCAAAAAAACAAAAAAAGUCACUUAAACUUAAACCAAAAAUUACAAUCAACAAUUGUAAUGGAGUAAUUAAUUUAAAAAAUAUUUCAAGUUUAACAAUCAAUUGUGCUAAUAAGGAUUUAAUGAAUGUUAAUCAAACAGUAUCUCAAAGUGAACCGAUUAACGAUGAAGACUCUAUAGCUGAAUCCCAACAAAUUUAUUCAGUUACAGAAAAUGGUGAAAAUUCUGAAAAUGAUGAACUAAUAUCAGAGGAAUCAGAAAAUAAUACGACGUUAAAUGGAUCAAGUACCACAACAACAAAAGAUAACGAUAAUUAUGUUAACUGUGAAUUUUAUAAUCGUUUAAUUGCUGAGAUCAAAAAUACAUUAAAGCAACAACAACAUCAACAUGCUAAAGCACAUGCCCAUGCACAUUCAAGCAAUGUUCAUCACAGUACUGAUGACGCUGAAAAUAACAAUUCAAAUGAUAAUGAAAAUAAUAAUUAUAUUGAUCCAAUACAUGUUGAAGAACUUCAAUUGAGCGCUGGAGAAUCUUCAACUACAUUAACUACAUCAAAUACAAAUAAUACUUCUAAUACAACUAGAAAUAGUUCAAUAAAAAGCAAGAAACUAUUGCUAAAAAAUCUUGAAAAUUUAAAAAUAAUUUUGGAGAAAAAUGAAGAUGAUUCAUCAAAUAAUAAUGAAGGCGGUAGUAAUAAACAACCAGGACGUCCAGUACAAAUUGAACAGUGGCUAGCAGAAAUUAUAUCUGAAACUGAAAUUGAACCUAUGUUAAAUUCAGAAAUUUUAGAAUUAAGCAAAAUACAAAGUGGUACACUAACAAGUACUUGUGGUAAAAGUAAUGCAUCGACGAGUUAAAUUAAUUAUUGAAAUUUAAAUACAUAAUGAAAUCUGAAAUUAAGUAUGGUAAGUAUGUAAUAUUGUUUUUAUGUACUUCAUACUGGUACUAUAAAGAUUUAAAGGUGACUUUAGGUACACAUUUAACAUUUAAUAAAAUCAAAUUCACAUAAAAAAUAUAAAAAAGAAAAAACUACAUAUUAUUUCAGACUUUAUUCUUUU